CGCAAGUCAGCACAUGCACAAUAGCAGCGCAGUCGACGCGAUAGCCGAUAUACAAAUCAUCGACUUCAGCACGCAUUCCAGCCCAGAUUCUCAACAAGAUAAGAUCGCUACAGCGACGGAGACCGACAAUGCCUUCCAGAGUAAGGGAUUUUUAUAUCUCCAGAACCAUGAUGUGCGAAAGCAGCGAGUAGACGAAUGGUUCGCCUGGGUGUGGUAUCAUUCUUGAUAUAUCGCCGCACACUACAUGCACUCCACGACCAUAUCACCCUAUUUCAUCGAAAUCCGUCCAGAUAUUCGC